AUUAAUCUUGAUAACUAAAUAAAAUAAAUAUACGAUCAAUUAAUAAUGUUUUGUUAAAGUUUUAUAAAUUUUUUUAAGAGGUUAGCUUCAAUAAUAGUUAACCUUUAAUAUUACAUAAAUAAAAAUAAAUAAUUAAAAAAAUGUCGCUAAGUUUAUUAAAAAUAUUUUCAAAAUCAAAAACAAAAUUUAUUUCGUACAGCAAUCAUGUAAUACGUAAUGUUAAAUAUUUUCAAACAUUACAAUCACCAUGUAGACUAAGGAACAAUGAUUUUCUAAAUAAAAAUAGAAUAUUGAAACCUCGAGUGACGAUAAAUAUUUAUCAAAUAAGAAAUAAUUUAGAUGCUAAAUUCGGAGAAGUAAAUACAAAUGUUGCAAACAAUGUGUUGCUUUAUAAAUAUGAAGCACCACGAUAUUUUAUUGGGCUAACAAUACUGUCAGUUUUUCAAUUCAUACUUUUCACUGCUAUCACUAUUGCAUUGAUUGAUUGGAUGCCAAGAUUUGAAACAAAUGAAUCUAUUUUUUCUUAUUGUAAAAGAAAUUUUCUGAUUGUUUUUACGUUUUCAUUGCCGUUUGUAGCAGGUCUUGGAUCAUCAAUUAUAAUUUGGGUAUUGACAGUACGUUCAAUAAAAUAUAUUAUUUUACAUAAAGGUGGUAACAAAGUAACACUUUUUACUUAUCAUCCAUGGAAAAAAGAUGUUCAAAUAACUGUCCCUGUUAAUGAGGUAUUUGUGAAAAAACAUCGAGAAGAAUUAGUCAGAUAUAUGACACUAGCAUUGAAAGAUAAGUCAUUUUACUACCUACUAAAUAACGAAGGAAUAUUCGUUAAUCCAGAACUGUAUGAUUAUUCAAUAGGUUAUUACAAAAAGAAAGAAUAAAAGCAUUUGUUGAAUUUAUUAAUUUUUAUUUAUUAUCAAUAUCCAAUAAUUUAAAAAAUUUGUAAUAAUAAUAAGUGUUUUAUAUAAUUAAAACAAGAUAAAGCAGCCACACACUUUAAUAAAAUAAUUAUAAAGAGUAAUUGUAAAAAAAUAAUUACAUUUUUUUGUCAAUACAUACUUAAUAAGUAAAAAAAAUAAUUGAUAAUAAUAAAUUGCGUAUUUACGUAAUUAUCAGAGUCAGUAUUUCAAUUUUUUAAAA